GACAAUUAUAUAUUAUACUCAAGAGUAAUAUAUAAUUAGAUUUUAAAAAGUAGAAUAUCAAGUAUUGGCAUGACUACCAAAUCCGAAAUUGAUGACUCUGGUGUUUGUAGAGUCGCGCUGCCAGCACGAAUCUAAACCACACGCGCGCACAUUCCACGAAGAUGCUGCCAGAACACGCGAUUGGAGAAAAUCCCAUGCAUCGACAGUAUAUGGGCAGGAGAGACAUUAUAUCCAGCAGCUCGCGCUUCAUUGAGAGCCACUGGUGCUUUCUCGUACCUGCCGCCGUAGCCGCCACCGCCGCACUGCACUGAAGAGAGGGAUAAGCAGACAGAGACAGUAGCGCACCUGUGUGCGCAUAACGAAUGCACGUACAUAUGCCCGCUGUUAGACUGGCUAUUUAAACUGCACCGUCGGGGACAAAGACGGAGAUAUUCGAUCAUCUCGACGAUUAAAAUGAAGCGUCAUCUCUUGAAGCCUCAUCUAGAGCAUCGUUGGUCUCAAAAAUUUGCAAGAGAUUUAAAAUCUCUUUCUUUCCGGCGCAAAGGAUGCCACCUCACACCACUCGGCUCGGCCGCAAGAAUUCCAACGGUCAGUAGGUGGAGACGUCGCGUAAUUACGCCAACUCCUGCGAGCAGAAGCGGUCAAGCAGCUCUGUUCGGCUGCCAUGGCGCAUGCGCCGCGCUCUCUUCGCUCAUCUUGCGCGGGGGAUACCAUCACGGGACUGGCUGUUGUGUACCUGCACACGAGUGAGAGAGAGUCAGCCAGUGGCACCGCACUCACCGGACGAGGCGAACGCGGCAGACCUACGGUGCAAGUUUACGGCAUUCUUCGUUUGUAUACCGUGCGAGUGUCUAUGUGUUUGGUGCUAGACAAGCCUGCCUGCCUGGCUCAUCUUCUACUUUCGGAAACGAGACUGCAGGUGCACCAAUCCCGCCCACCUAGUGUUUACAUAGUCGUCGUCCGCUGAGUGACUGGCUCUGCUGUCUGCAUUAUUUGGCGCCGCUAUACAAGAGUCGGAGAGCGAGAGAGAGAAACAAGGAGCGGGGCAUUUCUCGGCUGUGAGUCACGCGCUCGCUCGACGCUCUAACGGACCACCGCCGGCAAACUGCGGAGGAGGAGGAGGAGGAGAGGAUACGGCCUGGAGGAGGAGGAGAUCCUCGGACGAUGGUGAGCUCCCGGCUGCCGGGCCUCAGGAGCGAGGGCCUGCAGGAGAGCAGUAACGUCGUCGGCGGCGCGGACAGCUCCUCGCUGCUCGAGCACGCCACGCUCGAGCGACAACAGCCCAGUUCGUCGACUUGGAGCCGGAGCGAGCCGAGUUCGCUGACGUCGAGCGGCGGCCGUACGGACGGUCCCUACUCGGCCAGUCCAGAGCGCACCAGCUCGACGAGCAGCAGUAGCGGCGGCCGACCCGUCGUCAGCAGUCCGGCGGCCAACCCCAACAUCAGCAAUCUUGCCGCCGACGACGAGGAGAGGUACGAGGCCUUCGGCGUCAUAGACGACGCCGACUCGCCGCAGGGCAGUGGUUCCCCUGCAGCGUCGCCCAUCGCCGGCGCCAACCCUAACAGAAAUCCACGCAGUCCUAAUUCCAUGCUUCUGGGCAGGCACACGUGGCUGCGAACUUCCCUCGGACGAUCGCCAGCUGGCGCUAACAGGAAGCGGCUAAGUUCCAAUGCCUUAGCUAGCCAACUGUAUAGAAGCAGCAGCUUCAAUAGCUCGGGGCGAGGAUCCAUCUGCGACACGGCCGACGACGUGUACAGCGACGUUUCCCUCGAGGACGAUGUCAUCGACCUGAAUCAUCGAGUCCAGAUGAUUCAGGAGCAGAUGCACGCCCUCGUGGAUACGCAAUCGGCCGGCGAGGAGAGAUACGCGAGGGUCAAGCAGGAAAAUGCGACCCUCCAGGCGAGAAUACUCAUGCUCGAGGAGGCCUCGAAGGACGCCGAGGCCAGGGCUGAAGAGAGGCUCGAGACCGAACAACGAAGGCACCGCGAAUACGCCAGCCGCCUGGAGCGCGAGAAGGAGCUUCAGCUGGAGAACAGCGCGAUCAAGCUCCAGGCCGCGGAGCUUGAAUGCACCCGCUCGCGCGACGAGGCAGCCCGUCUCCGGGAGCAGCUGGACAAGCUGCGAGCCGAGAAGUCACGGCUAGAGCUGGCCCUCGAGGAGGCGCAGCAUGACGCCGACAGAGCCAGGGAAGCCGAGAAACGCACGGCUCUCAGUCUGUCGGAGACAAAUCGGGCGUUGAAGAGCGCCGAAGAGGAACUCGCGCUGAGGAUCGAUGCCGAGCGCAGAAUAGAGGAGAUGGCCCAGGAAAUUGAGAACCUCAGGGCGCGUAAUAAGAAUUUGGAAGAAUCUCGAGACGAACUGCAAGCGGCAGCUGCGGCUCUGCAUGUCGGCCGUGAACUCUUGAUGCCAAGUGGACAGGACCCAAACGAUAAUACGAUCAAUAGGAAAAACAGUCCAAGUCUUGCUACUGAAUUACUCUUAACCGGAUCCACGCAUGAUCAGGCCGACGGAGUCGAUACUGGAAAGUCUGGCAACGCCGACAUUUGUGAUAAUUUUACUACUCUCGCCGAAGCGAAGCAAGCGCUAAAGGAACAACGAGAGGUCAACACACGUCUUCGAUCAUACAUCGACAACAUCCUUCUGAACGUCGUCGAGAACUACCCUCAGCUGCUGGAGGUGAAGCAGCCCCACUGACGCAGAGCAGCCGUAGCGUGCGUCGCACGACGAAGCAGCACAAUAAUAACGAAAGUCGCGAUCGCCGCGGCGCCGACCCAAAAGCAACACGAUCACCACCAUCGGCUCAACUGCAGGGAGUGUCCGCCUGUCAGUCGCUACUGAGCGCUUCAGUAGAUCAGAUGAGAUUCGCGUACAUAGUAAUUGCACGACGAAACGCGGGAGGACAAGAAGGGAAAGAGAAAAUUCAUUUUCUCGAGCCUGCAACGUGUUCGCUCAGCACAUGGGCGUGCAAAAUCUGUGAUGGGACAAAACAGAGCUUCGUAUUUCUGUAUAUACGAUGAUUAUUAAUAUUAUUGUUUUACUGUAAGCGUCUAUUAAAGAUCUAUUUUUCAUGACAUUAA